CUCUUCUUCACUGUUUUUUCUUGUUAACAAAUCACGAACAGAGAUUUAAACCCAAACUUCACUAAUUCGUGAUUUCGUUGUAAUCGAAUCAGAGAUUUAGUUUAGUUCAGCAGAAAGAAGAGAAAGAAAUCCCUAGAUUAGGGUUCAAUUUGGGGGAAUGGCAUCCGAGAAGAAAGCACCGGAGGGCAUAGCAUUGCUCUCGAUUUACGGCGACGAAGAUGACGAGAUGGAAGAACUCGAUGCGGAAGUAGCAAAUAUUCAUCAAGACGGAGUUCCACUGCCGGCGUCGGAUGCCGUCGCCGUAAACGAUAAAAAUAAUAGCGAUUUCGGCAAUGAACAUAUGCAGCGACAACAUGAAGAGAGAGGUCAAUUCAACGACUACACUCCUCCAGCAUCCGCGACUCCACAAAAAACCCUCUUCUCGCCACAAGAGCUGCUGCAAGCACAGCAGUUUAGUUCGGAUUUGAAUAAUGUUCAGAGCCAAAAGAGUCGACCGACUAUUGUGGAUUAUGGUCAUGAAGAGGGUGCGAUGUCUCCAGAAGCAGAGGAAAGCGAAAUUAAGGCGACUGGUCGAGUAAUGGAUGGGGAGCAACUUCAAAGUAGUGAUGGUGAAUCACGAGAAAAGAUAUCUCCAGGUGUGGCUCGGCUUCCAACACCUAGCACUCAAGCUGCUACCCCUCAAUCAUUGGAUCCAGCUGAUCAGCCUGAAACAGAUACCAUGAGUUAUGCUACACAUGAAUCAGAAGCUGCAGGUACUGAGGAUGCUGUUAUGGUUUCUGUCGAGGAACAAGAGAAUGUUGAUCCAUUGAAUAACUUUCUGCCCCCACCUCCCAAGGCCAAAUGUUCAGAAGAACUGCAAGAGAAGAUUUGUAGGUUUCUUGCUCUAAAGAAGACUACUGGAAGAUGCUUUAAUGCAGAGGUGCGGAAUAGAAAGGAAUAUCGAAAUCCUGAUUUCCUGCUGCAUGCUGUGACAUACCAAGAUAUCGACCAGAUAGGAUCCUGUUUCCGUAAAGAUGUAUUUGACCCUCAUGGAUAUGACAAAAGCGACUUCUAUGAUGAAAUAGGGUUUUUGUCACAUUGUGUUCGUGGAAUCUUAAGCACUUGGGGAAAUAAAGAAGUGAAAAUGUACUACUCAAUACUCAUUACCUUAUAUAUUGCAAAAAGCUCAUGUAAGUCUAUUGCUUGUAUGGUUAAGUAAAUGAAUCCCCAUUGACCACACCAUUUUACAUGGAAGAGGAAGUUGGACGAUAUCGUGGCUGUUGAGUACAAUUUUAGCAUUUUAGUAAGUAGAUAUCGAUUUAAACCAUGAUGAUAUGUUUGUUUAACAGCUUAUAUAAUUUUCUAGGGUGUCCCUAGAAAUCUUGGGGGAAAAUAUAUGAAGUUCAAAACAUGAAGUGUUGGAUUUGGAUCCCGGCUUCCUCUUGCUUGACUUGUGUAUUUAGCGUUUCAUUUUCUCUAUUAGUUAAGUUUGAUAGCUAUCUGCACCAGCUUUUUUAGGAACUAGUUCUUGUGGAUUUUAUCUGAUACAUAGAGUUCUAGAUGCAUUGCAGGUUUAAACCUGCCAAUUUUCCAUGGACAAUCGGCCUGAAUUUUGAAUGUUUUAAAUGAAACACCUCUGAAAAUAUGUAGUAGUAAAUUAUAUGCAAGGGGAUAGAAGAAUAGUCUGAUCUGAAAAGUGAAAUUGAAGCACACAAAGGAACAUUCAUAGUGUUAGUUUUAAGCCUGAACGAAUUGUUGAUUCACUUUUCCGCACCUGUGUUUUUCUUACAUUAGAAGUCCAAAUAUUGAAUGCACAUUGCUGAGUCAAGUCCCACUGAGAUAGGCACAUCACUUCCAUUUCCUUUUUUCUCCUUCAUUCUUCCCCUCACGCAAAAAUAUGUGUCUGCCACAUGAAUUCAUGUACAUGGUGCUUUCUGUGGGAGUCAGGUCUAAUUGUUUCUUUUGGAUGUUGUUUCCUUUGAUCUAUGA